AUGCAAAAUCAGUCUAGAACCAAAAGCCAAGGUGCAGGCAUAGUCCUCUCAAGACCAAAUGUCAACAAGGAUUUUUGUGACCAUGCAGAGCAACAGCAUACAGCUGUCCAGCAAAAGGCAGCACUUCAGAUGGAAGUGAUGGAUUCAGUACCAACACAAAAAUUAAAGCUGAGGAGAGGACCUCUGCCAAAAACCUUCAAUCUAUUAGCAGCCACAACAGGUGUGACAGGAUCUACUGUAUAUGGAGGAGGUGCUCUAUCAUUGAGAGAAGAUUCCAACUCAAGAGGCUCCAAAGUCCAAUAA